CAUUUCUUUUUCGGUUUGGGUAUUGCUAGUUUUUGUUUCUGCAAACAUAAGUUUGAGUUUUUGAAGUUGAGGUUGACAAAAGGUUACAAAGAUGAUGCGAGUAGGGGGAUGCCUAUUGUCCCUUUGGCUGUGCUGUUGUUGUCUCCUCCCGCUGCUUGCUGUUGCCGCCUCCGCUAAUACGGAUCCUUCCCAAGUUAAUGCAUUGCUUGCGGUGAAGAAGCAAUUGUUGGAUCGCCUGAACCAUCUCAGAAAUUGGAACAAGGGGGAUCCCUGCACAUCCAACUGGACUGGAAUCGAAUGUUCUGAUCAUCCUGGAAAUGAUGGAUACUUGCAUGUUGAGGAACUUCAGCUUCAAAAUAUGAAUCUCUCUGGAACUUUAGCGCCUGAACUCGGCCAACUUUCUCAUCUCAAAAUACUAGAUUUCAUGUGGAAUGAAAUGACAGGGAGUAUACCCAAGGAGAUAGGACAUAUAUCUACCUUAGAACUCCUACUCUUGAAUGGAAACAACUUAUCAGGUUCUUUGCCAGAUGAACUCGGCAAUCUUUCAAAUAUGAAUAGAUUUCAAAUAGACCAGAACAAUAUUUCUGGUCAAAUACCAAAAACAUAUGCUAACUUGAGCAGUGCGAGACAUCUCCACUUCAACAACAACUCACUCAGUGGCCAAAUUCCCCCCGAGCUGUCUAGGAUAUCCACUUUGAUUCACUUGCUCUUGGAUAAUAAUAACUUAUCUGGAUAUCUUCCACCAGACUUCUCGAACUUGCCCGAGUUGCGCAUACUUCAGCUUGAUAACAACAACUUCAACGGAUCCAAUAUUCCAGCUUCUUAUGAGAAUUUUCCCAUGUUAGUGAAGUUGAGUCUUAGAAAUUGCAGCUUGCAGGGAGCAGUUCCUGAUCUUAGCAGGAUAACGAACCUUAGCUACCUGGAUCUCAGCCAGAAUCUUCUUAGUGGACCCAUACCAUCAAAUAAGCUUUCUGAUAAUAUGACAACCAUAGAUCUUUCAGAUAACCAACUAAACGGAUCUAUUCCUGAAAGUUUCUUGGACCUUCCUUCACUUCAGAUCCUAUCACUUCAGAAUAAUUUCCUUACCGGUCCUGUACCUACCAACAUAUGGAAGAACAUGUCAUUGAAUGCUAGCGCUGUACUUACACUCGAUUUCAGGAACAAUUCAUUAUCAAGGAUUGAAGGAAAUCUUAAUCCUCCAGUGAAUGUUACCCUCAGGCUUGAAGGCAAUCCUGUCUGCCGAAAUGCGAACUUAUUGAAUAUAAGUCUGUUCUGUGGAUCAGCAUCUGGAGAGGGGGAAAUGCGUGCGGGCUUAAAUAACUCAGAAGUGGGAUGCCCAAAGCAAUCAUGCCCUGCAGAGAUGUCCUAUGAAUAUGUCCCAGCAUCUCCCAUUCCAUGUGCCUGUGCCGCUCCUCUUAGAAUCGGAUAUCGUCUCAAAAGCCCCAGUUUUUAUUAUUUUCAUCCAUUUAUCCAGUCUUUUGAGAAGUACUUGACUGGUUAUUUGAACUUCAGCCUCUAUCAACUGUCAAUUGAUACAUACUUUUGGGAAGGACGACGUCUAAGGAUGAAUUUGAAACUUUUUCCUAAUGUGAUCAACCAUUCAAAUACUUUUGAUGAUGGUGAAGUUCGAAGAAUCAGAGACAUAUAUGCAUCAUGGCAUUUUCCUGGUAGCGACUUCUUUGGACCAUAUGAGUUGCUUCACUUCACUCUACUUGGACCUUAUGCACAUAUUGACUUUGGCAAUGAAAAUGAGGGUAUUAGUAAGGGUACAUUGGUAGCAGUUGUAGUAGGGGGUGUUGCCUUUGCAGUUGUGAUGUCAGUUAUUGUAACAGUUUUAAUAACAAGAAGACAUGCCAGACACCACCGCGCAAUGUCAAGAAAACGCUUAUCUACAAAGGCUUCUAUGAAAAUUGAAGGAGUGAGGGACUUUACAUUUAAAGAGAUGGUAGUUGCUACUGACAACUUUUCAACUCAAGUUGGACAAGGUGGAUACGGAAAAGUGUAUAAAGGCAGUUUUUUUGACAAAACAGUCGUUGCCAUAAAACGUGCAGAAGAAGGAUCAUUGCAGGGCCAAAAAGAAUUUUUGACGGAGAUAAAGCUUUUGUCAAGGUUGCAUCAUCGAAACCUGGUUUCUCUGGUUGGAUACUGUGAUGAAGAAGGGGAGCAGAUGUUGGUGUAUGAGUUCAUGCCCAAUGGCACAUUGAGGGACUGGCUUUCUGCUAAAGCUAAAAGGAACCUGAAUUUUGGAAUGAGAUUACAAAUUGCACUGGGUUCAGCCAAAGGAAUCCUUUACCUCCACACUGAAGCAAAUCCUCCAGUAUUCCACCGAGAUAUCAAAGCCAGCAACAUUCUUCUGGACUCCAACCUUAAUGCAAAAAUUUCUGAUUUCGGUAUCUCACGGUUAGCUCCAGUCCUGGAUGAAGAAGGGGCUGUGCCAAAUCACGUUUCCACAAUUGUGAAGGGAACACCGGGUUACCUUGAUCCAGAAUACUUUCUGACCCAUAAGUUGACCGACAAAAGUGAUGUAUACAGCCUUGGAGUUGUUUUCCUGGAGCUGUUGACGGGUAGGCAACCAAUCUGGCAUGGCAAAAACAUUGUCCGCGAGGUGAAAACAGCGCAUGAGUCAGGUACGGUGUUAUCUAUAAUAGACAGUAGAAUGGGUUGGUAUCCAUCCGAAUGUAUGGAGAGAUCGGUUGGUUUAGCCCUGAGUUGCAGCGACAACAAUCCAGAGAAGCGACCAUCCAUGUUGGAAGUGGUGAGGCAGCUAGAAUACAUACUCAAAAUGAUGCCUCAAACUGAUUUGAUUUCUUCAUCAACGGAUUUAUAUUCAGGCAAGUCACUGACGGAGCCCUCAUCGUAUGGAGGCACCAAUAGGGAGGCAUAUGUUUCGUCAUCCAGUGUAUCGGGAAGUGAUCUAGUCAGUGGUGCUAUUCCUUCUAUUGCACCUCGGUGAUCGUCAUUAGGAUGAUGUAAAUAUGAGUUUAAUUUUACUUUAGUAGAGAUGACCCAACUGCCAAUUCUAUUUUCUUCGCCCA